AUGAGCCAGCAACACGACAUGUAUCUCGACUACUCAACCCCCGCCAAUCGCUCCCCGAGCUCAUCGAGGGGCUACGGCGGCAGCUUCCAGUCCGGCUUGUCCCUGCCCCGCCAGGCACAACGCCCCUUCGACAACGGCCUGGGCUCUUCCGCCCUCUUCCCCUCCGACCGUCUCGGUUACAACCCCAGAGCGAUGGAUCAGAUGUCUGCCAACGGAAUGCCGGGAGGAUACAUGCUGGACAACAACCAGGCGGCCUGGAGUUACAACGCCGGCGGUGUCGCGACUGUCAACGGUGCCAUCAACGGUGCCAACAGGCAGAGGAGCGUAAACCGCCGUGCCGCUCUCCCUACGAAUUGGACCGAUCAGGGCCUUGGUAUGCAGAACUCGUACGGCUCCAGCCUCAACGGCGGUAUGUCCAACGGCCUGCGUUACGACGGCCACGCCGAUAUGCGACCCAGCUCGCAGACCGAGGAGCAGCUCAUUCCCACCGCGAUCGUAAUCAAGAACAUCCCUUUCGCCGUUCGCAAGGAGACUCUCGCUGCCGUCAUGAUGGACAUGCAUCUUCCCCAACCCUAUGCUUUCAACUACCACUUCGACAAUGGCGUCUUCCGUGGCUUGGCAUUUGCCAACUUCCAGUCGCCCGAGGAUACCAAAAUUGUGAUUGAGGCCAUGAACGGCAUGGAGGUGCACGGCCGGAAGCUCAGGGUCGAGUACAAGAAGAUGCUGCCCGAGGCCGAGCGCGAGCGCAUCGAGCGUGAAAAGAGGGAGCGACGCGGCCAGCUCGAGGAGCAGCACCGCGCCCCCAUGCUGCACCAGCAGCCUUCUCUCCAGACGUUGAACAGCAUGUCCAGCAACAGCAACCGCAGUGCGCUCGGAGACGUGAACCUGAACGACCCUGAGACGCUCGAGUUCUACACCGAACUCACUCUGUUCAAGCGUGACAGCAGCCGGGAGAUUCUCAUCUUCCCUGCUUCCGUCUCCCCUGAGCAGCGUCGCCAGAUUCACAUCUUGGCUCACAACAUGGGACUCGAGCACAACUCCAUCGGAGAGGCCGAUUCGCGACAGAUCCACAUUCUCAAGCGUCCUCAGCCGUCACCCACAACCCAGAACCACCUGCCUGCCGUUGGAUUGGAUUACCACAAGAAGGGCCUGAGCAGAGCUGCCACGUUUGAUUUCGCCGCUGAUCGGGAGGCUCGCAGCGCAAGCACCAACUACUCCCAUGCCAUCGGCCGUCAGGGCCCGACCCUUGAGCUUCCCGGCAGCCCCGAUGGCAGCGGCCUGGCCAACCUGCGUGCCGCCAAGAGCUUCGCCGACCUGCGAUCAUUCAGCCCUAGCCCGUCUGCGUCUUCCUCGAGCUACCUGACGGCCAUGAACGGCAUCGGCAACAUCCCCCAGUCUGGCAACCCGGGUGCUCGCUUCGGCGACUACAACGGCGGUGUCAACCAGACCGGCGCUCUCGCGACCCCCAACCUCACCCCUACUUCCGGCACAGUCGGCACCCCUGGAACCGACAGCAGCCUGCUCAGCUCCCUCGGUGGCUUGAACCUGGGAUCCUAUGACGCCUCAGCUCACACGCAGGCGCGCAGCACGCCCGGUGCUAUCGGCAGCCAGCGUCCUGGCGCCAACGGCUCGAGCCGCAACGCUCCCGACAGACAGCCCCGGGGCCCCGAGUGGGAGCCCUCCGCCGGGUUCAACGGACGCAACCGCUCCAACGGCCACAUGCAGCGUGGUAGCGACUCCUCCGACAACGCUCCCCGUGCUGGCAGCGCGUCUCGAUUCCACUAG